AUGGGGCUGCAAUGUGGCAUCCAGUGUGAUGCAAAUGUCCACCGAAUUCUACUCAUCCCAUCUGCUCAGAGGUGGACAGAGGGGAAUCUGGCAGCAGAAAAGACUGAAGACGGGAAGAGAGAGACAACUGAAUCUUGUGGUGGCGUAGUCCAAGGCCUGAAUGGAACCAUAGAGUCGCCUGGUUUCCCCCACGGCUAUCCCAACUACGCCAACUGCACGUGGCUGAUAAUAACAGGGGAGAGGAACCGAAUCCAGCUAACCUUCGUCACGCUGGCACUGGAGGAAGACUUUGAUAUUGUAUCAGUUUACGAUGGACAACCAUCGCCUGGGAACUUAAAAAUGAGGUUGUCAGGAUUCAUGCUGCCCUCCCCUAUAGUCAGCAGCGGAUCUAUAUUGGCCUUGUGGUUUACCACAGACUUUGCCGUCAGUGCUCAGGGCUUCAAAGCUGUUUACGAAGUCCUGCCCAGCCACACAUGUGGCACCCCAGGCCUCAUUCCAAACGGGGUCAUUCAUGGGUCGCGGUACAACAUGGGGGACAAGAUGCGAUAUAGCUGUGAGUCAGGUUUUGUGUUGGAAGGACACAGUAUCCUCACAUGUAUUGUAUCACCUGGCAGUGGAGCACAGUGGGACUUCCCAUCACCAUUUUGUAGAGCGGAGGGAGCAUGUGGUGGUACGUUACGAGGCACCGCAGGUUCAAUAACCAGUCCUGGAUACCCUGCAGAGUAUGACAACAACCUGGACUGUACAUGGUCAAUCCUUGCUGAGCCCGGGGACACCAUUGCUCUAGUCUUCAAUGACUUCUUACUAGAGGACAAAUAUGACUUCCUGGAAAUCAGUGGAACAGAAGCACCAAGCAUAUGGUUGACGGGUACAACCCUGCCCUCACCAGUGAUAUCCAAUAAGAACUGGCUUCGGAUACACUUCACCUCAGACAGCAACCAUAGGAGAAAAGGAUUCAGUGCACAGUACCAAGUUAAGAAAGCAAUAGAGCUGAAGUCCAGAGGGGUGAAGAUGAUGCCCAGCAAAGACUCCAGUCACAAAAAUGCUGUCUUGAGUCAAAGUGGCCUUGCAGGUGAUGUUUGUCCAGAUCCCGGAGUUCCAGAAAAUGGCAAGAGGAUGGGCUCUACCUUCCAAAUUGGCUCCAGCGUCCAGUUCAGCUGUGAUGACAGCUACGUACUGCAAGGAUCUAAAAGUAUCACCUGUCAGCGAGUCACUGACACCCUGGCUGCCUGGAGUGACCACAGACCCAUCUGCAGAACUCGUACCUGUGGCAGUAACCUAAGGGGGCCCAGAGGGGUCAUAACUUCUCCUAACUACCCUGUUCAGUAUGAGAACAACGCACACUGUGUGUGGGUCAUCACUGCAAUGGACUCUGGGAAGGUGAUAAAGCUGUCAUUUGAAGAGUUUGACCUAGAAAGAGGAUAUGAUACACUGACGGUGGGAGAUGGAGGGAAGAUAGGAGACACUCGGAGGGUUCUCUAUGUACUCACCGGCUCCAGUGUUCCUGACCUCAUUGUCAGCUUGUCCAAUCAGAUGUGGCUACAUCUGCAGUCUGACGACACCAUCGGCUCAGCAGGGUUUAAGGCGGUCUAUGAAGAGAUAGAACGAGGAGGCUGCGGGGAUCCCGGGGUGCCUGGAUUCGGUCGGCGCAGCGGUGAUCGCUUUCAACACGGUGACGUUUUGACCUUCUUUUGCCAGUCAGCCUUUGAACUUGUGGGAGAAAAGACCAUCACAUGUCAGCACAAUAACCAGUGGUCUGGGAAUAAACCCAGCUGUGUCUUCUCAUGUUUCUUCAACUUCACGGCUCCGUCAGGGACCAUAUUGUCCCCAAACUACCCAGAGGAGUAUGGGAACAACCUGAACUGUGUGUGGUUAAUUAUCUCCGAACCGGGAAGCCGCAUUCAUCUCCUCUUCUCUGACUUUGACCUGGAGCCACAGUUCGACUGGUUGGUGGUCAAAGAUGAAGGUCUGUCUGAGCCAACAACAUUUGGAACAUUCUCAGGAAAAGAUGUUCCAUCACAAAUCGCCUCCAACGGACACAUUAUGAGACUGGAAUUUCAGUCCGAUCACUCUAAUACGGGAAAAGGCUUCAAUAUCAGCUACACAACAUUUGGUCAGAAUGAAUGUCAUGACCCAGGCGUUCCUGUCAAUGGUCAAAGGUAUGGUGACCAAUUCCAGCUCGGCAGCUCAGUGGCGUUUCGCUGUGAUCAAGGAUUCAUUAGGACGCAGGGAUCAGAUCAGGUCACUUGCAUCAUCCAGGACGGAAAUGUCGUUUGGUCUGCGGCUGUACCUCGGUGUGAAGCCCCAUGUGGAGGCCAUCUUACAGCUCCAACUGGUGUUCUGCUGUCGCCUGGUUGGCCUUCCUUUUAUAAAGACUCUCUAAAUUGCCAGUGGGUGAUUGAAGCACAAACAGACCACGCUGUGAAGAUCAACUUUGACAGGUUUCAGACUGAGGUCAACUAUGAUACACUGGAGAUCAGGGAUGGCCCCUCUGCCUCCUCCCCACUGAUUGGUGAAUACCACGGCACCCAGGCACCUCAUUUCCUGAUAUCCACGUCCAACUUCCUGUUCUUGUUGUUCACCACGGACAACAGCCGCUCCGCAGCGGGCUUCAGCAUCAGAUAUGAAAGUGUGAAAAUGGAGUCAGACUCUUGUCUCGAUCCUGGUAUCCCAGUCAAUGGUCGUCGCCAUGGCAGCAGCUUUUCCAUUGGCUCCCGCGUCUCAUUUACAUGUGACCAGGGAUACACACUGAGUGAUCAGGAGCCAAUUGUCUGUGAGCAGAAUCAUCAGUGGAGUCACGCUCUUCCCAGUUGUGACGCUCUUUGUGGAGGCUAUGUUUAUGGUAAAACGGGGACUAUUCUGUCUCCUGGCUUUCCUGACUUUUACCCUAACUCACUUAACUGCACCUGGACUAUAGAGGUGUCUCAUGGGAAAGGAGUCCAUCUGGUUUUCCACACUUUCCAUCUGGAGGAGAACCAUGACUACCUGUCCAUCACCGAGGACAGCAAUUUCUUGGUCCCAGUUGCUCGACUCACUGGCUCUGUGCUGCCCCCUAGUGUCAGAGCAGGACUCUAUGGGAACUUCAGUGCUCAGCUACGUUUUAUAUCGGAUUUUUCCAUGAGCUAUGAAGGCUUUAAUAUUACCUUCUCAGAGUACGACUUGGAGCCCUGCGAGGACCCUGGUGUGCCGGCGUACAGCAGGAGGACGGGAUUCAGAUUUCGAGUUGGGGACUCGCUGGCCUUCUCUUGUUUCCAUGGCUACCGACUUGAGGGAGACAGCAAGAUCACUUGUCUGGGAGGAGGCAGGCGAGUCUGGAGCAACACACUACCACGAUGUAUAGCUGAGUGCGGCGCCUCCUCAUUGGGGCCAGAAGGCAUUCUCCUUUCUCCCAACUUCCCCUCAAACUACGAUAAUAACCACGAGUGCAUUUACCGCAUCACGACUGAAAAGGGCAAAGGAAUCGGGCUGAAAGCUGAGAGCUUCUCAUUGCAAGAUGGAGACUAUCUCAAGGUAUAUGACGGAGAGAACACUUCAUCCCGUCUCCUUGGCAACUUCACACGUGACAGCAUGACGGGUUAUGUCAUCAACAGUACGUCCAAUCACUUGUGGCUGGAGUUCAACAGCAAUGCCUCUGGAACCAACCAAGGUUUUCGCCUCUCAUACACAAGUUUUGACUUGGUACGCUGUGAGGAACCGGGUGUCCCUAGUUAUGGCUAUAAGAUCCAGGAUGACGGUCAUUAUGCCAACACUUUUGUCCUCUACUCCUGCAACCCUGGAUACAGCCUCCACGGCAGCAGUACACUGACCUGUCUCAGCGGGGACAGACGUGUCUGGGAUAAACCACUUCCUUCCUGUAUCGCUGAGUGUGGAGGUCACAUAACUGGAGCAGUGUCUGGACGCAUUCUGUCUCCGGGUUAUCCUGCUCCUUAUGACAACAACCUCCACUGCACCUGGACUAUAGAGGCUGACACAGGCAAGACCAUCAGCCUCCACUUCAUCGUCUUUGACACCGAGAUCGGUCACGAUAUUCUGAGAGUUUGGGACGGUCCAUCUGGGCCAUCUGACGGGGGGAUCCUGUUGAAAGAAUGGUCAGGCCCAGCCCUACCAGAAGACAUUCACUCGACUUUCAACAUACUCACCCUACAGUUUGAUUCCGAUUAUUUCAUCAGCAAGCAGGGAUUCUCUAUACAGUUCUCCACCACUACCGCGACGACCUGCAAUGACCCAGGCAUCCCUGUGAAUGGCUCUCGAUACGGGGACAGUAAGGAGCCCGGUGACAGCAUGACAUUCCAGUGUGACCCAGGCUAUCAGCUGGAAGGCCAGGACACCAUCACAUGUGUACGGAUGGACAACAGAUUCUACUGGCAACCAGACCCUCCAGCGUGUAUAGCAACCUGUGGGGGUAACAUCAGUGGACCCUCUGGUGUCAUUCUGUCUCCUAACUACCCGCAGCCUUACCCCCCUGGGAAAGAGUGCGACUGGAGAAUCCGAGUCAACCCUGACUUUGUUAUUGCCCUCAUCUUCAAAAGUUUCAACAUGGAGCCAAGUUACGACUUCCUGCACAUCUACGAGGGUGAAGACUCUAAUGGGCCGUUACUAGCAAGUCUCCAAGGCAACCAGGCCCCGGAGCGAAUAGAGAGCAGCAGUAACAGUCUCUUCCUGGCAUUCAGAUCUGAUGCCUCACUGGGCAUGUCUGGGUUCGCCAUUGAAUACAGAGAGAAACCAAGAGAAGCCUGUUUUGACCCUGGCAAUAUUAUGAACGCCAGUCGGACAGGUUACGACUACAAACUGGGAUCUCAGGUGUCCUACAACUGUCACCAUGGUUACACAACCGUGGGCGGGGAUACCAUCACUUGUGUCAUGGGGCAUGAUGGGAAGCCAGUGUGGGACAGAGCUCUGCCAUCAUGUAAAGCUCCAUGCGGAGGACAGUAUGGUGGAUCUGAGGGGGUUGUUUUGUCUCCUAACUAUCCCUUAAACUACACCACAAGACAAACCUGCUCCUAUUACAUCACUGUGUCCCCACAGUUUGUGGUGUUUGGUCAGUUUGCCGUUUUCCAGACGGCGAUGAACGACUCGGUGGAGCUGUUUGAUGGAGCCAAUGAGAACGCCCGACUGCUGAGCUCCCUGGCUGGGUCACAUUCAGGAGAGACAUUGCCAUUGGCAACUUCCAAUCAGAUCAUGUUGCGGUUCAAUGCUAAGAGUGGUCAGUCAGCUAGAGGCUUUCACUUCGUCUACCAAGCUGUGCCUCGCACCAGUGACAGUCAGUGCAGCUCGGUGCCGGAGCCUCGGUAUGGCAGGCGGAUCGGCUCAGAGUUCUCAGCAGGCUCUGUGGUUCGCUUUGAGUGCAGUCCAGGGUAUCUGCUGAAAGGAUCCAGUGCUAUCCGAUGCCAGGCCAUACCAGGUGCCCUCGCACAAUGGAAUGCAACAACUCCAAGCUGUAUAGUUCCCUGCAGUGGAAAUGUGACCGAGCGUCGUGGUACAAUACUGUCCCCUGGUUAUCCUGAACCCUACCCAAACAGUCUCAACUGUCUGUGGAGGAUCCAUGUCAGUGAAGGGGCAGGGAUACAGAUCCAAGUGAUGACGUUCGCCACUGAGCACAACUGGGACUCUCUGGAGAUCUACGAUGGAGGAGACAUGACAGCUCCUAAAUUAGGGUCAUUUUCUGGAACGACAGCUCCCGCCCUCCUCAACUCAACAUCAAAUCAGCUCCUUCUGCAUUUUCAGAGUGACAUCAGUGUGGUGGCAGCAGGUUUUCACCUAGAAUACAAAACUGUUGGUCUCACCACCUGUCCAGAGCCAAUGAUCCCAGCCAAUGGACUUAAAACUGGAGACAGAUAUAUGGUCAAUGAGGUGGUGGCGUUCACAUGUGAGCCUGGGUACACGUUGCAGGGCCACUCACACAUUUCCUGCAUGCCUGGGACUGUACGUCGAUGGAACUACCCACCUCCUCUUUGCAUAGCUCGUUGCGGUGGGGUGUUGUCUGAGAUGAACAGUGUCAUCCUCAGUCCAGGUUUCCCUGGCAACUACCCCGGCAACCUGGACUGCACCUGGCAAAUAACCCUGCCAACUGGAUAUGGAGCCCAUAUUCAAUUCCAAAACUUCUCUUCUGAAGACAACCAUGACUUCCUAGAGGUCAGGGCCGGACCACAGCAUAGCUCCGCUCUUAUUGGACAGUUUACUGGUUCGCAGAUCCCACCCCCUCUGCUGAGCACUACCCACCUGACAAUCGUUCACUUCUACAGUGACCACUCGGAGAAUAGACCGGGAUUCAAACUGACCUAUCAGGCCUAUCAACUGCAAAACUGCCAGGACCCCUUUCCUUUCCCCAAUGGUGACAUCAUCAACAGUGACUACAGCGCUGGCCAAUCGGUAACUUUCCAGUGCUACCCAGGUUAUGUUUUGAUUGGACACCCGGUACUAACCUGCCUGCAUGGGACCAACCGGAAGUGGAACCACCCAUUUCCACGCUGUGAGGCUCCUUGCGGCUAUAAUGUCACAGCUGAAAAUGGGACCAUCUAUUCACCUCAGUACCCCAAUGAAUACCCCAACUCCCAGGAUUGUAUCUGGCUCAUCACUGUUCCCCAUGGACAUGGAGUUUAUAUCAACUUUACCUUGUUGCAGACGGAGCCUGUCACUGAUUACAUUGCUGUCUGGGAUGGCCCAGAUACACCCAGCCCUCAGCUUGGAGUCUUCAGUGGCAACACAGCAUUAGAGUCAGCAUACAGUAGCAGCCCAAAGGUCCUGAUCCGCUUUCACUCUGACUUUUCAACCGGAGGGUUCUUCAUACUCAACUUCCACGCUUACCGUCUGAAGAAAUGCCCUCCUCCGCCUGCUGUGGAGAAUGCAGAGGUGAUAUAUGAAGAUGAAGACUUCCAGAUAGGUGAUAUUGUAAAGUAUCGUUGUUUACCUGGAUACACACUGAUUGGAAAAGCAGAGCUUAUGUGCAAACUCAACUCCCAUUUGCUCUUUGAGGCCCCACCACCAUCAUGUCAAGCCCAGUGCCCGGCCAAUGAGGAGCGGUCUUCAUCAUCAGGAGUCAUACUUAGUCCGGGGUUUCCUAGCAACUACCCCAACAGCCAGACAUGCUCCUGGCUUCUACGUAUGGUUCCAGGUUAUACCAUCAAUAUCUACGUAGAGAUGUUCCACAGCGAGAAACAGUUUGAUGAACUAGAGAUUUUUGAUGGAUCCUCAGGACAAAGUCCUCUGCUUGUUGCACUGAGUGGUAACCACUCAUCUCAGCUGAACUUCACAUCCAAAACAAAUCAGCUCUACCUACGGUGGUCCACUGAUCACGCAACCAACAAGAGAGGAUUCAAGAUACGAUACUCAGCUGCCUACUGUAGCAUUAAUGAUCCCCCAGUGAAUGGGGGUGUGGUCAACCGAACCAAACUCCAACCAGGCAGCAGACUGCAGUUCUUCUGUAACCGUGGUUCUCGUCUGGUGGGCUCAACCAAUGCUACCUGCCGGCUCCAUUCCAAUGGGCUUUUCCAGUGGGAUACACCACCACCUUUUUGUCAAGCUAUCUCCUGUGGAAUCCCUCAAUCGCCAGGCAACGGCAGCUUCCAUGCUUACCAGUACACUGUUGGUAGCCAAGUUACCUACCAUUGUAACCAUGGUUUCCACCUUGACCCCGGUGUUUCGAUGACAGCGAUGUGUUUGGAGGAUGGCACCUGGAGUAAUGCUGACUCAGCCCCCAGAUGUCUACCGAUUCACUGCCCUAGCAUUGAGGGUGUGUUGACAGAUCACAUGACCUUCCACCUGCUCUAUGGAGGGUUGGGAGAGUUUGGGUCUAUGGUGAUGCUGGAAUGCUCAUCAGGCUAUUAUUUGGGUGUUGGGCAUCGGACACUUCGCUGCCUUGCCAACGGGACCUGGGAAGGAUCUGAUGACCUGGCUACAUGCAAAAUCAUCUCCUGUGGUGAGCUUCCUUCUCCACCCUUUGGGGCCAAACUUGGGACGUUGACCACAUUCGGAGCAACUGCAAUCUUUAUGUGUAACCAUGGCUACACCCUGGUGGGAUCACAUGUCAGAGAGUGCGGAGCUAAUGGGCUGUGGAGUGGUGCAGAAACCAGGUGUUUAGCUGGUCACUGUGACUCUCCAGAUCCUAUUGUCAAUGGGCACAUUAGUGGAGAUGGGUCAAGUUACCGUGACACGGUGGUGUACCAGUGCAUGUUGGGAUAUCGUCUAAUUGGAACAUCAGUCAGAAUCUGCCAGCAAGACCAUCGGUGGUCCGGAACAACCCCUGUCUGUGUCCCAAUCACUUGUGGUCAUCCCGGCAACCCAGCCAACGGGCGGACCAAUGGCAGCGAGUUCAACCUCAAUGAUGUUGUCAACUUCACCUGCAACAGAGGUUACAUCCUCAGUGGAAACGCUCGGGCUCAGUGUCGACUGAACGGACAGUGGAGCAGCCCCCUGCCUGUCUGCAAAGUGGUUAACUGUUCGGACCCCGGCCACGUGGAGAAUGGUGUGCGCCAGUCUGGCCUACGCUACCCAGAAGUCUUCAGUUAUGGCGUAAGUGUGGCGAUCCACUGUAAACGAGGCUUCUACCUGUUGGGCUCGGCGCUCCUCACGUGUCUGCAUGAUGGACGAUGGGACCGACCAAUCCCGCGCUGCCAAGCGAUUUCCUGUGGAGACCCCGGUGUACCCCCUAAUGCAGUGGUAUCUGGAACUCACAGUUGGACGUAUAGUUCAGUGCUGCACUACUCCUGUCUGCCUGGAGGGGUGCUGGUGGGCAACGCUACUCGCCACUGUCAGGAAGACGGCACGUGGAGUGGAGCGCCACCGUACUGCACAGGUGUGAGUCCAGGAAUCUGUGGAGACCCAGGGGUCCCUCCCCACGGUGCCCGCCUGGGAGGGGAAGAAUUUAAAACCAAGAGCUUGCUGCGUUUCAGCUGUGAGGCAGGAUACAGUCUGACUGGCUCAGCUGAGAGGACCUGCCUGCACAAUGGCACCUGGAGUGGCACGCAGCCUGUCUGUCAAGCUGUAUCCUGUGGUAACCCUGGCACGCCAGCACACAGCAGGAUUGUCUUCAGCGACGGCAUCACCUUUGGCAGCUCAGUGGCUUAUGCAUGCUGGGAAGGCUUCAAAACAUCAGGUCUGACCACCAGACACUGCACAACAAAUGGGACGUGGACAGGACAACCACCAGACUGCACUGUGAUCAGUUGCGGAGACCCUGGGCCAGUGGCCAAUGGGAUCUAUCUCGGAAGAGAGUUUACCUUCAACCACACUGUGACCUACCGCUGUAACCCUGGACACCUGAUGGAACCGCCUGGAUCUGGACGCAGUGUUCUACGCUGCACCAAAGAUGGAACCUGGAACCAAACCAAACCCAGCUGCAAAGUGAUCCAGUGUGGACCACCUCCUCAAAUGCAUCAUGGGAAAGUGGAGGGGACGGACCACUCCUGGGGAUCAAGUGUGAGCUACAGUUGUUUCCAUGGCUACCAACUGUCCACUCCCGCUGUGUUAACCUGUGAAGGGAAUGGGACAUGGACAGGAGACAAACCACAGUGUCUGCCUGUCCUGUGUGGAGACCCUGGCUCUCCCGGAGGAGGAUUCAGAGAAGGAAACCUCUUCUCAUACCGGUCAGAUGUCAGGUUCUACUGCCAUGCCCCUUACAUGCUGGUAGGCUCUGCCUCCAGAGCCUGUCAGGCUGAUGGGAUAUGGAGUGGCCAACAACCGGCCUGUAUAGUUGUCAUGGUUGGCAGUAAGAUUUCAUUCAAGUGCCGCAAAAACUACCACAUCCUUGGUUCCACCACAAGAACGUGCCUAGAAAAUCUAACGUGGAGUGGAACUCAACCAGAGUGCAUAGCCCAUUCCUGCAGACAGCCAGAGACUCCCACUAAUGUAGAUGUUCGCUCAAUGGACCUGCCUACUUUGGGGUAUACUCUGAUCUACACCUGUCAAGAUGGUUUCUAUCUGGCCGGGGGAUCAGAGCACAGAACCUGCAAAAGUGAUGGGAGAUGGUCGGGCAAGCCCCCGCUCUGUAAAGUUGGAGUCAAAGUCAAUCCCAUAGGCAGAGGAGAGUCAGAUGUCCAAAAGAACAAGAUUCGUGGCACCUAUAAGUCAGAGGAAAACCAGCUGCUGUUGAAAGUCUAUCAGGUGAAGGGGCCCACAGAGCAUUACUACAGCAAGUUUAAAAAUGACAACUGGGCGAUGGAUGGAUACGUUACCGCAGAAUCAGACCAGAAGACAUUUGUUUACCAGGGGCAUAUUCACAGUAAAGACUUUGGCAAGUUCCAUCUGACGAGGCAAGGUCCGGUAACCAUGGCAAUGGACCCAUCCAACCCUUACACAAACAGCAGCUCUGUGGCAGCAGCCAUCUUAGUUCCUUUCUUUGCCCUCAUCCUGUCGGGAUUUGCCUUCUACCUCUACAAGCACAGGACACGUCCCAAGGUCCAGUUCAAUGGCUAUGUCGGCCAUGAGAGCUCCAAUGGUCAGGCGUCAUUUGAGAACCCGAUGUAUGACACCAACAUGAAGCCCACUGAGGCUAAGGCGGUUCGAUUCGAUACCACACUCAACACAGUCUGCACUGUGGUAUAGUCCGGCAAACCUGCCACUCAACAGUGGUUUAGUCCAACCUGUUGCAGUCUGCGGUGUGGUUUAACCAAACAAACAAGAAAGAGCAAACACAUGUUUUGGACACGUCACCGUGAGCAGUCUGUGUUGUAGCAUGCUGGUCCUCUGUCGGCAUAAUCUGCACAGUAAUGCAGCUCUGCUCCUGCUCCUGAACAAUGGUAUCAUCCACUUCUCCCUGUAGUCCGAAAGAGCUAAACAAGUUGGAACCAACAAACAAGGGAGUAGACAAUGACGCCAUCGAGUUAGAUGAAGUCUGUUGUUCAGGAGAUCAAAACUGGGACCAGAAUUCUUCUUUAAGCACUGUUGCAGUUCAAACAUCAAGAAAUAUGGUACGAUUAGUACAACUUCCUCCAUUAGCGACAACCUAAUUGAACAGGACUUAUUCAGCGAGUGACUGCUUAAGUUUGACCCAACCUCCUUAUGGAAAGGGCUUUGUACGCCUCUCAAAUCCCCUCCCUGCAACCUCAGCAGUGGUGUACCCCAACCUAACCCCAUACCCCAAUGCCAAAUUUGCACAGUGGUAUAGGCUUACUAACUCCUCCUGCUGUAGGCCAGACAUGAGUUUGACCACUUUCAGGCUUUACCCUCAGGGGAAGCACACAGACUAUUCCACCUCUCAGCUCCCUCCAGACAUUGAAUAGUAAUUGGACAAUUUCUAUAUGUCAACACAAAAACCAUCACUGGUGCUGGACCAAAUCCUCCCACUGGACUUCCAUCACUCUAGACUUGACAGGACUGGACUCUGAUGUAACGACAGCUCACACAGUCUGUUUUGGUGGAAUCUGACAUUAAUGGCACAGGCUGCUGUAAAGCUGACAACCAAACACAGUCAAUGCAGUGACAAGUUCAAACUGAUCAAUUCCUUUCAAAAACAUGAUCCUCAUGUCCAGCACUGGAUACUAGCCUUUAAUCAGUACUGCGAGUGGUGGACUAGUGCUGAAUGGGUUGAAAUAACAGUUGCAGAUAAGUUUGUUUUAGCCUACUUGUGGAACUGAAUGGGUUCAACAUAGGAGGACAAUCACAGAGGACUGCAAGUUAAGUUGUUUCAAUAUCAUUUUUUAAUGUGUUCCUGUGAUUGUACCUUCUGCCACUUGCUGUAUUGCCUUUUAUGAAAGUGUCUAUUUACAGUAUUUGGCAACAGUAAGGCCAAACAUACCGAAUCAAGCAUUCGCAAAUGUUGUUUUGUCCAGGUUUAGUACUAGUAUGUUACAAACAAGAUUUAUAUGAGGUUUGAAUAUUCUGAAUAUUCUACAGAGGUACUACACACUUAAAAUUAGUCAAAUACACAAUAUUCGACACUAGCACCAGAUAGACCGUGCUGAACCUGAAUACCUGACAUUUGAGCUGCCCGACUGGUGGACACAAUGGACUGGUUUCCAGUGGCCUGUCCAACACAAUCAGAGUCAGAUGCCUGAUUCUUGUUCUUGGCCUGGAUUCUCUGGAAGCUUGGAGGCAAUAAGCUGUCAAGAUAUUCGACCGCUGCAUUCAGCAACAUCCAGGAAAUGAUUUGUCUUCUUGAAACUCCGGUCGGUAUGAUCAGUCAAGUGAUUUUUUUUUUUCUGCAGUUUAUUCUCCAGCCACAACAUCAACAGAUGGACACACAGACUGGUUGACCGACAGAAAUUAGACAGACGGACACAGACAAAUGGACAGACAGGCACAUUUGUCAAUUGUGCUGGGGAAAAAAAGAGACAAGGACAGGUUACU